UCCCCCUUGCCGGGUCCCUGUUGCUAGUGCUGCUGCUCGCGGGACACCUUGGCAUUGUGGCAGUAGGCAGGGGGACGAUGCACACAUGCCCGGCUAGCUGCACCUCCUCAGGACGCUGACUGGCACCGGGGGGACUGUAUUCCUGGCACAUGCCCGCUCUCUGGCUGAACUUUCCCAGCCGCUUGGAAACUACUUGGAAGUGGAUUUGUACAGAAAGUAGCGGACUGUGCGUUGUGCCCAUUGGCAUCGCAGCGUGAACCCCCCGGGCUCGGAGUACUGCUUCUGUAUGCUCGAAGAUCCAGCCGGGAGAAACCCCGGAGUGUGGCCGAGGAGCAAUGACUUCAGCCCGGAUCUCCAGCGCUCGCCCGCCCCUACUGCUGCUGGCUCUGCUUUUCAGCUGCAACUUCGGCACAUUGGCAGGGGUCGAGUAUAGUGAUGUACUUCCGGACUCUUUCCCUUCAGCACCAGCAGAGUCUUUACCAAAUUUUAUUUUGGAACCUGAAGAUGCCUACAUUGUAAAGAACAAGCCAGUAGAACUUAUCUGCAAAGCCAACCCAGCCAUACAGAUCUACUUCAAGUGCAAUGGAGAGUGGGUGAACCAGAAUGACCAUAUCACUAAAGAGAGAGUUGAUGAGUUAACAGGGCUUGUUGUACGGGAGGUCCAGAUAGAGGUUUCCAGACAGCAGGUAGAAGAAUUGUUUGGUUUGGAAGAUUACUGGUGCCAGUGUGUUGCAUGGAGUUCCGCGGGCACUACGAAGAGCCGUAGAGCCUACGUCAGAAUAGCCUAUUUGAGGAAAAAUUUUGACCAAGAACCUCUAGGUAAAGAAGUACCUUUGGAGCAAGAAGUGUUACUUCAGUGCCGUCCCCCAGAGGGUAUUCCACCUGCUGAGGUGGAGUGGUUAAGAAAUGAAGACAUUAUUGACCCUACACAAGACACCAAUUUCCUCAUAACAAUUGACCACAACCUCAUAAUUAAGCAAGCCCGGCUUUCAGAUACUGCCAACUACACCUGCGUUGCUAAGAAUAUUGUUGCCAAGCGCAGGAGUACCACGGCAACGGUCAUAGUUUAUGUGAAUGGAGGAUGGUCAUCCUGGUCAGAAUGGUCAUCAUGCAACAACCCCUGUGGGAGAGGUAUACAGAAGAGGACAAGAAUGUGUACUAAUCCAACCCCUCUAAAUGGUGGCGCUUUUUGUGAUGGGCAACCAUUCCAGAGACUAGCUUGUACCACCAUGUGCCCAGUUGACGGAGGAUGGAAUGAGUGGAGCAAAUGGUCAGCCUGCAGCACUGAAUGCACUCAUUGGAGAAGCCGAGAAUGUAACUCGCCUCCUCCCAAGAAUGGGGGUAAAGAUUGCAGUGGGAUACUACUAGAGUCCAAAAACUGCACAGAUGGCUUGUGUAUGCAGAACAAGAGGGUGUUAGGUGAGCCAAAAAGCCAUUUGUUGGACUCGACAGGAGAUGUUGCCCUCUAUGCUGGCUUGGUCGUUGCCAUUUUCAUCUUCAUUGUUAUCCUCAUGGCUGUCGGGAUAGUUGUGUACAGGCGCAACUGCCGGGAUUUUGAUACUGGCAUCACUGAUUCGUCAGCUGCGCUUACAGGAGGCUUUCAUCCUGUGAACUUCAAGACUUCUAGGCACGACAACUCCCAUUUAUUACACCCAUCAAUGCAGCCAGAUUUAACCGCCAAUGCUGGUAUAUAUCGAGGGCAUAUGUACGCCUUACAAGACUCUGCGGAUAAAAUUCCUAUGACCAACUCUCCAUUGUUAGAUCCACUACCAAAUCUAAAGAUUAAAGUCUUCAAUUCUUCUCCAGUGGGGUCAUCUCCUGGGAUACAUGAUGACCUACUUGGUCCUAAACCCAUAGGGACAUACCCAUCAGAUACCAACAUCAUCAAUGCAAGGAAUAAAACUAUAAGUAGUCAGCAUCUCCUGACAUUGCCACGUGACUCUAGUAACAGCGUGACGGGGACAUUUGGGAGCCUUGGAGGUAGACUGACUUUCCCAAACACAGGGGUGAGUUUGCUGAUACCUCAUGGAGCUAUUCCGCAGGGAAAAUACUAUGAAAUGUAUUUGAUGAUUAAUAAGAGAGAAAACACAGUUUUACCUUCAGAAGGGACACAGACCAUUUUAAGCCCUAUCGUGACUUGUGGACCCACUGGACUUCUGUUGUGUAGACCCGUCAUUCUGACCAUCCCUCACUGUGCAGAAACGGCCACCUCAGAUUGGAUUCUGCAGCUGAAGACCCAGUCUCACCAAGGAAACUGGGAGGAGGUUGUGACAUUAAAUGAAGAGACACUGAACACACCAUGUUAUUGCCAGCUUGAGAGCCAGUCUUGUCACAUCUUACUUGACCAGUUGGGGACAUAUGCCUUUGUAGGAGAAUCUUAUUCCAGAUCUGCAAUAAAGAGGCUCCAGUUGGCUAUAUUUGCACCACUUCUCUCCACAUCUCUUGAAUACAAUCUCAAGGUCUAUUGCUUAGAAGACACCCCAGAUGCAUUAAAGGAAGUUCUAGACCUGGAGAAAACCUUAGGAGGAUAUCUAGUAGAGGAACCAAAGCCACUGAUGUUCAAAGACAGUUACCACAACCUGCGUUUAUCUAUUCAUGAUAUUCCUCACUCACUGUGGAAAAGCAAAUUACUAGCAAAAUUUCAGGAAAUACCUUUUUAUCACAUCUGGAGUGGAAGUCAGCGGUCGUUGCAUUGUACAUUCACUUUGGAAAGGUACAGUUUGGCCUCCACGGAGCUAACAUGCAAAAUUUGUGUGAGGCAGGUGGAAGGAGAAGGACAGAUAUUCCAGCUGCAUACUAAUCUGGAAGAGAAUGCCAAAUCAUUUGAUCCCUUCUGCUCACAUCCUGGAAUCAAUGUAACAACCCAACUUGGACCAUAUGCCUUUAAAAUCCCAAUGUCAAUUAGACAAAAAAUCUGCAACAGUUUGGAUGCACCAAACACUAGAGGAAAUGACUGGAGGCUUUUGGCACAAAAACUUAGCAUGGAUCGAUAUCUGAACUAUUUUGCCACCAAAGCCAGUCCAACAGGAGUUAUUUUGGACUUAUGGGAAGCCUUACACCAAGAUGAUGGUGAUCUCAACACUCUUGCCAGUGCCUUGGAAGAAAUGGGCAAGAGUGAGAUGAUGCUUGUCAUGGCAACAGAGGGUGACUGCUGAUGACUUGUUGACGUGGUUGACUUGCAUUGGUGAUAGGAGAUGUUAUUACCGGUUAAAAGCGGAAAGGCAUUUGGUCCAGCCAGAAACGAGAGACGUUUUCUUUCCUUGCUUAUGCUGGAAGACUCGGCCACAAUGUAGUGGGAAGACUGAAUACUCUUAUGGUCUAAAUCACAACCAGCCUUAGAAAUCCUUACAUACUGUUUACAAGCCAUCCAAGUGUCUAAAGAAAAGCGUUCACAUGCCACUCCACCAAACGCCAGAUACAAAGAAAGCAUCGUCAUUACCAUAACAACUGCUGGCAGACAUCUUUCAUGUUACCUUUCUAAGCAUUUAAGACUUUGUAGUUUAAAGCGCUUUAAUUUCCUCCACCUUUACAUGAUAUGUAUUCCUUGAAAGAUCAUACAAUUUGAUCAAACUGCUUCUAUCCUGUCCAAGCUUGGAACAGCCUUUCUACUGAGGCAAAAGGUUUCUUAGGAAACGCAAGUUUAUUUAUUAUCCAGAUCUUUGGAUGAGUCUUUGUUUUAUAUGUUAAUGAGUGAGUUUUCUGAGUGUAUGUACCUGCUUGUAUGAAUGAGGCUGGCUCAACAUCAUGCUCUGGUAGAUGUUUCUAACUGUUGACAAAAUGUACUUUAAUGACUUAUUUUAACAUAUGGGGACUACUGUCAGUAUAUUAUUCAAUAUGUGACACAUCAUUGGGAAAUAUCUGUUGUCCCAUAAUGCACUUCAUUUAGAUAACUGAAUACAACCCCUACACAGCUCAGGGAAAAUAUGGUGGCCACUGGAGAGGAAAAAUGAGUCCAUAAGUUCCUAUUUAAUGAAAUCAUGUUAGAAAAAAUACAGAGCAGUGGUAGCAUAUAACAUGAUGCGACCCAAGGCUACCAAUUAGAAGUUUAUUUUUGUUUUUCAGUCAUAUUAAAUUUUCUUUAAAAUAGUAAAAAUCAGUUUUACAGGUUGUGGCAUUUGUUGGCCAGCCACCUGAUCAUCAGUUUUUUUGUUUUUUUUUGAGUAUUCAUAUGUUCCUAUGUUGGUUUUUCUUUAUCUCCUCCUUAAUAAAUCAUUCAUCUUAUUGAAGAAUGCAACCCUGAUAGAACUGAAUUUAUGACUUGGCAUAUUAUAGUUUGAAAAUGUGCUAUUUUAUCUGUUUCUAUACAUGAAUUUCAAAAAUCUCGGUUCAGUAAUAAUAGAAACAGUAAUGGACAGCAAUAGUAACCGUUCCCAUUCUUCAAGCUCAGGAUGUAAAUGUAAGUUGUUUUUUUUCCCUUCUGCUCUGCAUGUUUAAUAGCAAAACUUUAGUCCUGUCAUGAUACCAAUUACUACAAAAAUUUUUACAAAAUUGGACCUGUUUUCCUUAAAGAGAACAUUUUAAUCUAAACCUAGAAAACCUAGUAUUUGAGGGGUUGUCUGCAAUUAGAAAUGUUUUUUAUUUUUCCAGAAACAGCACCAUUCUUGAACAUGGCCUCUGUCUGGUAUUGAGUUUUAGCCCCAUUUACUUGAAUGGUGAUGCGUUCCAAACACAGCCCAUAGACAGGAGUAAUGCUGUUUAUUUGGUUUAAAAAAACAAAACAGACCCUUUCUCUAAUCCCAGGCAAUCCUUUUAAUGAAAUAAUCUCCCAGGGGCAGUGGUGAGCUUUUCAUUUUAAUUAGUGAUUUUAAUACGUAACUUCUAUGUAUUUCUGACUGGUUUUUAUUUUUAAUUUAAAAAAAACCCCACAUACCUAUGUCAUUAUUGCAUUGGAAAUCUAUUUUUCAAGUAGCAGAUGCGCAUUUAUGUACCACUACACAAUGUAAAGAGAAUUGAUUAAAAGUGUUAUUUUUAUACUUCAAGUUGGAUUUCUCAUUCACCUUGUACCUUUUUUCCGUACUGUUCUUUCUUUGUUCACCAGUGGUGGAACAGUGGUAACUAGUAGCAUAGUGUAUCUUAUUGUCUUGAAGAAGGGCUCCCAAGAAGUUAUUCAUCUCUGUUGCUUAGCACAGUAGGGACAUUUCCGUUAAAACCAUCAAUCACUGAUUGGAUGGAUUCUGAAGAACUUUGGUCACCAAAGAGUCCUUAUGCAUCCUUUGCCUACCAAGGACCAAACCAUAUAUAUCAUCCACGUACGUGUUGUAAAAUUGUAAGUUGCAUAUGAUAUAGAGAAACUGCAGUGGCCUAAUCACAUACCAGCUAUAGAGAGUCAUAUGUUGGUACCAAUGUAGAGAAGUGCUAGUAACUGUGAUGAUCCAGUGUGGUUGAAGACAUUAAACAAGAAGGUACCAUGUUUCCCCUAAAUCUCUGAUUGUCUAUGCACUUUUGUGGUUAAAAGAAACCUUCAGAGAAAUUUGUAGUGAGUGCCAGUAUAUAUCCAUCUGAAUUAUUGGGCCAUCAAAGAAACAAAAAUCUGCAAAAUAUGUUCAUCUUCUAAUUUUAAGGCUGUAUUACAUUAAAAGAUUUUGCAGGCGAUUUACAUGCAGC